ACUCACCAAGAAGAAAAUAUGAGCUGCUACUUCCAACCGGGAACCAUGCUCGGGGUCCUAUUCGUUUUGCAGCUCAUGUUUCCCAUGGCAUGUGCCUGCGCUGUCGAGGAGAGGGCAGCACUUCUGCGAAUCAGGUCUUUGUUGAUGCAGGCAAAUGCUGAUGUUCCUUCCUCAUGGGGCCAGAGUGAUGACUGCUGCUCCUGGGAGAGGGUCUCUUGCAACAACAGCACAAGAGUCUCGAGUCUCAAGCUCGACUCUAUAUACUUCUUCGACUCUGUCGGCCCAGGAAUGCGGUAUCUUAAUUUGACCAUCUUUUCCUCGUUUCAUGAGCUUCAGCUGCUGGAUUUAUCUCGGAACUAUGCUUGUCUUCAGAAUUUUGAUGGGCUUCAAGGAUUGACUCUGCUUCGGUAUCUCUACCUCAGCGGAAACUAUUUGGUUGGGGAUAAUGUCUUGGAAUCUCUUGGUAGAUUGGGUUCUCUUGAAGCCAUAAAUUUUGCUGAUACCAGCAUGAGCGGUGCUCUUCAGAACCUAGCCUUUAGAAAUCUCAAGAACUUGAGAGAACUUCGUCUGCCAUACAAUCGAUUGAAUGGAAGCAUCCCAGCUUCCUUAUUCGAGCUUCCACGCCUAGAGUACUUGGAUCUUUCAGAAAAUCUCCUUCAAGGGCAUAUACCUAUAAGCUUGUCUUCGAAUAUUUCUUUGUCCCUUAAAACUCUCAUGUUAGCAGCAAAUAAUCUAAAUGGGAAGUUUGAUUUCUUUUGGCUACGGAACUGUGCCAUGUUAAAGGAGGUAGAUUUAUCAGGGAACACUGAAUUGGCUAUUGAUGUGAAGUUCCUUACAAGUGCGACUCCAUCAUUUCAACUGCGAGCACUAAUGCUCUCUGGGUGUAACCUUGACAAUAGUAUCAUUGCAGGACCAAAUUUAUUUGUCAGACAACAUCAAAUGCAAUUCCUUGAUCUAUCCAACAACAACUUGGUUGGGAGCCUGCCUAACUGGAUGCUUUCAAAUGAAACAGCUCUGAUUUAUCUGGGUCUUGCAAAUAACUUGCUAGUAGGAUCAUUGGAUCUGAUGUGGCAGCAACAAUGCAAUCUCCAAAUGAUCAACAUAUCUACGAACUUUUUCAGGGGACAGCUUCCAACGGACAUCAGCUCAGUGUUUCCCAAUCUAACAGUUCUAGAUGCUUCUUAUAACAAUAUUUCUGGACAUUUACCAUCAUCUCUGUGCAAUAUUAGCAGCUUGGAAUUUGUAGACCUGUCAAACAAUAAACUUACAGGAGAGGUGCCAUCUUGCUUGUUCACUGAUUGUUCGUGGCUGAAUUUCCUGAAGCUCUCAAACAACAAUCUCGGGGGUCCGAUACUUGGUGGGGCUAAUAAUUAUGUCUUCAGUUUUGAUGAACUAUACCUUGAUAGCAACUAUUUUGAAGGAGCAUUGCCUAACAAUCUAUCAGGUUAUUCUGUGUCAAUCAUGGAUUUUCAUGAUAAUAAAUUGUCCGGCAAACUUGAUUUAUCAUUUUGGAAUAUUUCAUCCUUAGAAUUUUUUAGUGUGGCUAGUAAUGAUUUAAAUGGUCAAAUUUAUCCAACGAUUUGCAAUAUGACUGGUCUUAGUUAUCUGGAUAUAUCAGACAAUGAUUUCCAAGGGUCUAUACCAAACUGUAGCAGCAAGUUACCACUAUACUUUUUGAACAUGUCAAGCAAUACCCUAUCAGGCUUCCCAGGUCUUUUUCUCAGUUACUCCAGUUUUCUAGCCCUGGACCUAAGAUAUAACCAGUUCAAGGGUACUCUUGAUUGGAUACAAGAUCUCUCUGAAAUAAAGAUGCUUCUCUUAGGCGGGAAUAGGUUUUAUGGGCAAAUUCCCCCAAGCCUAUGCCAUCUCGAAUACUUGAAUAUAGUUGACUUAUCCCACAAUAAACUUUCGGGUUCAUUACCACCUUGCAUUGGCGGCAUCUCAUUCGGAUACCUUACUAAUGAUGAAUUUUUGCCCAUGGACUCUGGUAUGUCACUGGAUGUGGGGCUAUCUGUUAUGGACAAUGAUGAUCCGAAGUUCUCGUAUGAUACUGAUUAUGUCCUCCAAGGCUUUACCUUCUCCACUAAAGGAAAUGUUUACAUAUACAGCCGCGGUUUCUUCAAUCUAAUGUCUGGCAUCGACUUAUCUGCAAACAUGCUAUCAGGGGAGAUCCCUUGGGAGAUAGGAAAUCUGAGCCAUGUCAAGUCUCUCAAUCUAUCGCACAAUUUAUUUAGUGGCCAAAUUCCAGCUACCAUUGCGAACAUGAGCGCCGUGGAAAGCCUGGAUUUGUCCCAUAACAAGCUGAAUGGACAGAUACCUUGGCAAAUGACUCAGAUGUCAUCUUUGGAGGUGUUCUCGGUUGCCUACAACAACUUGUCAGGUUGCAUACCAAACCUUGCCCAGUUUAGCUCAUUCAGCGGGGACAGCUACUUGGGCAACGCUAACCUUCACAAUUUGACAGAGGGGAACAAGUGCACUCUUACUACAGGCCCCAUGGAAGUGGGCGAUGUGGAUGAUGCAUCUGAUGAUUUAGUCCUUUAUAUUAUCAGUGCCGCCUCAUUUGUAUUGUCAUUCUGGGCCACUGUUGCAUUCCUGUUUUGCCAUUCAUUGGGACAGCGUCUGGUGCUCCAACUGUAGUUUAUCGAAAGCUAGUGGGCCGAGUGCAGAUAGUGUUUGAUGUUCUGCUCUCUUAUAUUUUAGAAUUCUCAAGAAAGGUCUGUGUUAUGUAGCAGUGCUGCACUGUCACCUUUUCCCCACAUGUAUG